AGGAAGGCGAUGCUGGAGCUCAAGAUGGGGGUAAACUACAGGCUGCCCUCAAAGUAGAGAAGCAGGUGGGAGGCCUGCUCAACAACGUGAAAGAGCUUCGGAGAAGCCCCAGCACGCGUCCUGCGUGAGCAGGACAGACAAGAACAGGCCUGGUUUGAUUCACUCCAAGUGACUUUUAGGAAGGAAACGCAAACUCAAGGACUUCCGGCCCUUCCCCCAUUCAAAAGAAAAGUCCAUUAUCAUUUUAUUGAGCGCCUUCGUGGCAUUUUGCAUAUCGCUCAUGGAUUCCCCUCUGCAUCCGUGAGACGUGGGUCACCCCUCCACGUUCCGUUCCCAGAGUCGCACAGCUAGGAAAGGGCGGAGCCGGGAUUCCACCUCAGGUCCGGCCGCCCCGAGCCCGCUCGGAAGUUCUGCUCGGGCCUUCCUCGUUCUCGGGCCGGGGGGAGUGGAGGAUGUCGGGCGAACCUGCUGUGCCAGGCCCUGACCCUGCCUCCCUCACCAGCGGGAAAACCACCGCUAGAGCCAGGGACCCAGCCUCCCGCGGAGGCCGCUGCCACCGGCCCAAUCAGCGUCCGCCCCGGGCGCCUCCCAACAAACGGCCCGCUGAUUGGCUUGUUCUGCCAUCCGCCGCGUUGCCCUGACAACCAGGCGACCGGACGCGGAGGCCGGCCUCCGGCUAUCCAGUCCCGUGGCCCUUCGCCUCCUCCUCCCGCAUCUGGCACCAUGUCGCUGCGGACACUACCGCUGCUCUUCUUGAACUUGGGCGGGGAGAUGCUUUACAUCCUGGACCAGCGGCUGCGGGCCCAGACCAUCCCGGCAGACAAGGCCCGCAAAGUUCUGAAUGACAUCAUCUCAACCAUGUUCAAUCGAAAGUUUAUGGAGGAAUUGUUCAAACCGCAAGAGCUCUACUCCAAGAAGGCCCUGAGGACUGUCUACGACCGCCUUGCUCAUGCUUCCAUUAUGAGACUAAACCAGGCCAGCAUGGAUAAGCUGUAUGACCUGAUGACCAUGGCUUUCAAAUACCAAAUACUGCUGUGUCCCCGCCCCAAAGAUGUGUUGCUGAUCACUUUCAAUCAUUUAGACGCCAUCAAGGGUUUCAUCCAAGACUCCCCAGCCAUCCUGCAUCAGGUGGAGGAGACUUUCCGGCAGUUGACUGAAAUAUACGGGGCGCUGUCUGCAGGGGAGUUCCAGCUGAUCCGGCAGACACUCCUCAUCUUCUUCCAGGACCUGCACAUCCGGGUAUCCAUAUUUCUAAAGGAUAGAGUCCAGAAUUCUAAUGGUCGCUUUGUGUUGCCCGUCUCUGGGCCUGUUCCCUGGGGAACUGAAGUUCCUGGACUCAUCAGAAUGUUCAACGACAAAGGCAAAGAAGUGAAGAAGAUAGAAUUCAAGCAUGGUGGGCACUAUGUCACUGCACCAAAAGAAGGUUCUUUUGAACUUUAUGGAGACCGAGUCUUGAAACUGGGAACCAAUAUGUACAGUAUGAACCGGCCCGUGGAAACCCACAUGUCUGGAGCAUCCAGAAACUUAGCUUCCCGGACACAGGAAAGCAUUGCUCCAAACCCUCUUGCUAAAGAAGAGCUGAAUUUCUUGGCCAGGCUGAUGGGAGGGAUGGAGAUUAAGAAACCCAGUGGUCCUGAGCCAGGAUUCCGGUUGAAUCUCUUUACCACUGAUGAAGAGGAGGAACAAGCAGCGCUAACCAGGCCAGAAGAGUUAUCCUAUGAGGUUCUCAACAUACAAGCUACUCAGGACCAGCAAAGGAACAAGGAGCUGGCUCGCAUCAUGGGGGAGUUUGAGGUCAUGGACCAGCCAAGGCAGAGCGCCAGCAAGGGGGAUGAUCUGCUUGCCAUGAUGGAUGAGUUAUAGCUGUGCUGGCCCGGCACCCCCCCCCCCCAACGCCCCCUAUGGGACAGGCUGCCUGAUAAGGACCCUGGGGAUGCUCCAGGGAGCAAAAUGAUGCUGCGAGUUUUAUACCGAGCAGUUAACUCCCAUUUCUGUCUAUGUUGUAACGAACUAUGCAGGUCUCCCUCAAGGAGUGCCAUGUCUGGAAGGCACACACAUAUGCAUGUUUUCAGCAAAAUAGAUUCUGGCUUUUAAAUUGGA